GGUUGCAUAGGAACCAUGGAUCCUCCUCUGCCUAAACCCUCCUUCAACCCCAACAAGCAUCUCAAAGAAGAAUUCGUAAGCAACUUGAGCGGAUCCUCUAUGCUUGAAAUCGCCGCGCUUACAGUAACUGUCCCUAUUCUCGUCCUUAUUCGUCACUCCAUUCCCUCCUUUUCUUUAAAUGGUGCCUCCCUGAAGAAGAAAAACGACGAUGCACCUUCGAAGAAUAGGGGUUUCAAAGCAUACUUAGCUACAUUGUCUCUGGACUUUCUUGUCAUUGUUGUUCCAAUGCUCUUAUUUUUCACAGUUCUUGCAGACUGGACCUAUAUCUUUGCAAGUUUGUUCACAAUCUUAACGUUACUUUAUACUGUAGCUAAGAGGUCUGGUAGUUCAUCUCCUUCUUUUGAAGGGGAGUCCAAUUCCCUUCGAGCAUAUAUUACUUCGUACAGGGUUAUUGUGAUGAUUAUAACAUUCUUGUGUAUCUUGGCUGUUGACUUCAGAAUAUUUCCUAGAAGAUAUGCAAAGACUGAAACUUAUGGAACUAGUUUGAUGGAUCUUGGUGUUGGAGCCUUUGUUUUAGCAAACUCACUAGUUUCUCGGCAAGCACGUAAUGUAAAAUCUGUAAACUGGAAGACUGCAAUAGUUUCAACUGGUCCACUGAUCAUCUUAGGAUUUAUUCGUCUUAUUACAACAGCUGGUGUGGAUUAUCAGGUACAUGUUGGUGAAUAUGGUGUGCAUUGGAAUUUCUUCUUCACACUUGCGGCAGUGUCAAUCCUUACUUCCUUUGUUAAUAUUCCCCCUCAAUAUUGUGGAGUUUUUGGUUCACUUGUUCUAGCAGGGUACCAGUUCUGCUUGGUGCAUGGUUUAAAUCAUUACUUGCUUUCUAAUGAAAGAGGAAGGGAUAUCUUAAGUCAAAACAAGGAGGGGAUUUUUAGCAUAUUUGGAUACUGGGGCAUGUACCUUCUUGGUGUUUAUUUAGGAAACUCUCUUAUCUUUGGAAGCCAUUCCUCUGGAUUUAGAGGUAGCAGAUGGGUUCAGAUGAGGGUUUGUAUUCUCUCCAUCCUGUUUUGGUUGCUAACUGUGCUUCUAGACAAGCAUGUUGAAAGAAUUUCACGGAGAACGUGCAAUCUGCCAUAUGUUACUAUGGUAUUGGCUGACAAUCUACAGCUGUUAUCAAUUCUGAUGAUGGCUGAUCUUGUUCCUGGAAGUAAAACUUCACUACUUGAAGAAGCAUUUAAUCAGAACUUACUGGCUACAUUUCUUCUGGCAAAUGUCCUUACAGGGUUGGUAAACUUGUCUGUUGAUACCCUAUCUGUAUCAUCCAUCGCAGCCCUUUUUAUUUUGCUUGUCUAUGCUUAUAUUUUAUCAAUUGUAAUUGGUAUUGCAAAUUAUUUUGGUAUAAAGUUAAAAUUUUGGUGAAGCAGCCCAUUAUCUAUGCUGUCGUCUGCACUAUUGGUGUUACUAUUUAUUACAAACACAAGAUUUCAUUUUAUUAGUCUUAAAUUGAAUUUAUUAUAAAACUUGUGUGGCAAUUAUGGUUGGUAGUAGAAGUAUGCAUGAUAAAAAAUUCUAUUACCUUAAACUUGAUC